AUGACUAUUGAAGGCAAACUUAUGAGGAUACAGACCUGGACACCAAACUUCAGACCUGAGGAAGACACACCCAUUGUUCAUAUAUGGAUACUCCUCCCAGGGUUACCAUGGCACUUUUUUAAAAUGGAGUUUAUAACACCCAUUUUAUCUCCUAUAGGCAAAGUCGUGUACCUUGACACAGCCUCCAUUAAGAGAACAAGAGCUAGCAUGGCCAAGGUAAAAGUCCAAGUUGACUUGACUAAGGCUAGACCUAGACAUUUAUGGAUUGGAUUAGAUGAGAAGGAUCUUACCAUAGGAAGAUGGCAAACUAUUGAAUAUGAAAGUAUUCCUCCAUAUUGUGAGUAUUGCAAACAUCAAGGGCACAUGAUAUAUGAGUGUAACUUCAAAAUAAGGGAUGAGGAAUUUAAGAAAAUGAAGGAACUGGAAGUUGAAAAGAAGGACAAAAAUAAAGGGGAACAAAUGCCAAAGGGCAAUGACAACAAAUAA